AUGCAGCAACCAGUGCGCGCUAAUGGCGGCAGGAUCACCGUCGACGCCAGUGCGCCCGCGCCCAAACGCUCCCUGGCGGACAAGCCGCCGUUCACGCUAGCCGACAUCAAGCGAGCCAUCCCGCCGCACUGCUUCCGACGCUCCGUGGCCAGGUCCUCUGCCUACCUCCUUCGCGACCUCGCCGCCGUCGCCGCGCUCUUCUACUUCUCCCUGCGGGUGAUCCCGGCGCUCCCCGCGGGCGGCCUGCUCCGGCUCGCCGCGUGGCCGCUGUACUGGGCGGCGCAGGGCUGCGCGCUCAACAGCGUGUGGGUGCUCGCGCACGAGUGCGGCCACCACGCCUUCUCGGAGCACGCGGCCCUGGACGACGCCGUCGGCUUCGCGCUCCACACGGCGCUCCUCGUGCCCUACUUCUCAUGGAAGCACAGCCACCGCCGCCACCACGCAAACUCAGCGUCCCUCGACCGCGACGAGGUGUUCGUGCCGUGGCGCAGGUCCGAGCUGCCAUGGUACGCCGGCGCGAUCCAUAGCUGCGCCCCCGUCCGGUUCGCCGUCCUCGCCCUCGUGCUCGUCGUCGGGUUCCCGCUCUACCUGACCUGCAACAUCACCGGCAGGCCGUACCCGCGUCUCGCCAACCACUACGACCCCUACUCGCCCAUCUUCUCCACGGCCCGGGAGCGCGCGCAGGUCGUCGUCUCCGACGCCGGCGUCCUGGCCUUCUCGCUCGCGCUGCACCGCCUCUCGGCCGCGGCCGGGUUCUGGACGGUGGCGCGCGUGUACGGCGCGCCGCUGCUCGUGGUGAACGGGUGGCUGGUGCUCGUCACGUUCCUGCACCACACGGAUCCGGCGGUGCCGCGCUACGACUCCGGCGAGUGGGACUGGCUCCGCGGUGCGCUGGCCACGGUGGACCGCGACUACGGCGCCUUCCUCAACGGCGCGUUCCACAACAUCGCCGACACGCACGUCGUGCACCACCUCUUCCCGUCCAUGCCGCACUACCACGCCAAGGAGGCCACCAGGGCGAUCCGCCCGGUCCUCGGCGAGUACUACCAGUUCGACUCCACGCCCAUCGUGCGGGCAGCGUGGCGGGCGGCCAAGGAAUGUUUGUAUGUCGAGCCCGACCGCCGCCGCGAUGGUGUCUACUGGUAUAGCAACAAGUACAAAGUCGAGCCCGAAGGCUGCCGCAAGGGAUGA